GAGAACGGAGUCAGGAGACGCGGCGGGAUCCUGUUGUUGGAGAAGCAAACGCGAAUAGCGGGAUGAGGAAGUCUCCAAUUCAUGGUACACAAUUGACCACAGAACCGGUCAAUGUCACACGAGUAUUGCAUGGGGCAUGCAACUUCAGUGACAGCCCUAGAAGGUGAAGAAGCUCAGUCCUCGGAGGAAAUGUUCAAGUGCAGCGCUGGAACCGCUGAACCUCUGUAAAAUUUUAACCGGUUCAUAACCAUCCACCCGGCCUCAAUGAGGAGCGUAUGAACAUGCACCAUAGAAGGACUACUCUACCUUUCGGUUCAGUACAUUCCACAGAUGCUUGGGCCAGAGAAGAGAUGUAAAGAAACUAAAACAAAUUCAGCCGGUGCCGCUGCGCAACAGCAAUCCAGUGAGCGAAAGGAGAGCAUCUCCCCACCCUGCCCCUGAGUCCCCCAACCCCUCACCACCAUCAUGACCUCUGAACUAGGGAGCAGCCUGACCUCCAUGGACUGGCUUCCCCAGCUUACCAUGCGGGCGGCCAUCCAGAAGUCCAACGGCGUGCACCAACACCACACUCACGGGUACCCCCACGGACAUCAUGGCCACGGGCUGGGAAAGAAGAAUGCCCCACUGGACCAGGGAAACAUGCUGGACCAGGAGGAGGUGGCCCAGCAUAGGGAUGGCAAACCACCCUACAGCUACGCCAGCCUUAUCACCUUCGCUAUUAACGGCUCGCCGCACAAGAGGAUGACCCUCAGCGAGAUCUACCAGUGGAUCUGUGACAACUUCCCCUACUACCGGGAGGCAGGCAGUGGCUGGAAGAACUCAAUACGGCAUAAUCUGUCCCUGAACAAGUGUUUUCUCAAAGUGCCUCGCUCUAAAGACGACCCUGGGAAAGGGUCUUACUGGGCUAUAGACACCAACCCUAAAGAGGACACACUGCCCACCAGACCAAAGAAGAGGCCGCGCUCUGGAGAAAUGGCCUCCACCCCCUACAGCCUGGAAUCGGAGUCCCUGCGAAUGGACUGUAUCAUGUACGGCGAUGCCUCUCCCACUCUGGCAAUCAACGCUGUGACUAACAAGGUAGUGUUGUACAAGACGGAGCAGGAGGACAGCGACAGCCCCAGGAGCAGCCUCAAUAACAGCCUCUCUGACCAGAGCCUGGCCUCAGUCAACCUCAACAGCAUCGUGCACAGCUACACGCCGGUCAGUAGUCACUCAGAACCCUCCUCCCAGUCUCUUAGUUUAAAGCUGCAUCCUCCCCCUCCACUUCCUCCUCCUCCCCAGCCCCAGUACAACGUGGCCGAGGGGGACAAGCAGCUCCUCUUCUCCGACUUCGAGGACCUCAGUGCCUCCUUCCGCAGCCUCUACAAGUCUGUCUUUGAGCAGUCCUUCAGCCAGCAUGGUCUCAUGGGUAUGCCCAGCGAAUCGAGCCAGCAGCCACGGACGUUGUGCUCCUACCAGCACUCCCCUGGCCGGGGCAGCAGCAGGGGCAUCAACGCCCACAACCACCAACACGCACACAACCACGGUCACCGCCAUAAUCACCACCCGCCCCACUCGCAGCACCUCUCUCCCCACGCCACACACAACCAACACCAACCUCAUCAACACACUCAGCACAGGCAGCACUCACAGCACCCUCAACACCGCCAGCACCCCAACAGUGGGCAGCAGCAGUCACAGCACCUCCAGAGCCAUACUGGCCAGCCAGCACAGAUGCCCUGCACCAACACUGGUCUGUCAGCCGACUGGUACCCCAACUUGGACUGGCUGAAGGAGAGCUGUCGCAUCGCCGGCAGCUACAACUGGGCUGACGUGGACCUCUCUCCAUUCCAAGGACUAAAGGAAAGCAUGAGGCAGGCGGAGCUGAACAACUGGUCCCUGGACCCGGCCCAGAUAGCCGACCUGUGCUCCUCCAUCAACCAGUUCUUCACCCGCACUGGGGUCAUCCCACCACAAGGCCCAUUGCAACCACAGCCACCCCCGUCUGCCUGUCACGGCCCCAUGCACACCAGCAAGCCCAGUCAGCACAUCAACACAGGUAAUCCGUAUAUGGACUCCAGACAGAACAUGUCUUCAAUGAUGGGACCCCCGGGUUACCCCCACAUGACCCCCAUGACCACCGCAGGCUCCACGAUGACGGGGCACCAUGGCCAGAUGAACCAGCAGCACAUGAUGCCGCCUGGGCACUACCAGAUGAGGAGGCUGCCUACCGAAGACAUCCAGGAUGACUUUGACUGGGACUCCAUCGUUUAGAACUGCCCCAAGGAGAGGAAGAAAAGGGAUAGGGAAAGAGGAUCAGAAGAGUGGAAGAGGAUUGGGACCGGCCACAUGCCCUUUGGAGAAAGAGAGACAUUACAGAAGAGGAGUGUCAAUCACCUGAUUUUGGUCUUUUUAUACAAGAGUGUAGAGUGACUUUGAAGACAAUCAAAUGUAGAGGGAGACUAGUCAACGUUUACCACUGGACAAGUUAUGGUCAUUUUGUCGGGAAAAAAAUGACAUUUGGAACGGUCUCGUCUCAAUGUUCCAAGUGCCAACAGGUUUAGAAGUCGCCAUAAAUUGUGACAAGCAAUGGUGAAGUAUUUGGUUUAAUGCUUCGAUUCUCGUUUCUUUCCACUGAAGACUCAAAGUGGAAAGUAGCGUUUUGUGUUUUCCGACAGCUUUUUUUCAAGACGCGUCCACCUGCCACUGAACUGAAAGGACUGGGCGUGGAUGAAAAAGAUAGUGCCAUUAUACGUCGGAACAAACAACCGGCAUCAUGCCAAUUAGUCCACAAAGUAUUGUGACUUUUGCUCCCCGUAGCACCACUCCCCUAUCUGGUAGAAGUGAUAAGAAAUCCACAGAAUUAUAUUUGCGCCACUUACAAGAAAUACAGGUAGUUAGGAAUGUGACAUUAGGGGUAGACUAGAUAAGAAUGCUCACGCUAAUAAGGGAAUGACAUUGGGGAGCGGUUGCCUAUCUCUUUGACUGACUCAGAUGCCAUCUUGUUGGUGUAGGCUUAUAUUGCAGAGAGAAGUGACCGUAUGUUGACAGAGGAGAAAUCACAUUAUACCACACCUGGGUUCAAAUGCUAUUUGAAAUCUUUCCCGCCUUGAGUGCGAGAUUAAUGGGGUUUGCACUUUUGAGAUGUUUCUAUUGGUUAAAAAAGUCUUAAUCAAGCACAGCUGAAUUUUUUUUGAAAUUCAAAAAAAAUAUUUUGUACUUUUUACCCCUUUUUUCCCCAAUUUCGUGAUAUCCAAUUGGUAGUUAGUCUUGUCCCAUCGCUGCAACUCCCGUAC